AUGUCAAAUCAUAGGUGUCAAAAAUCAUGGCAACAAUUAUUGCCGUCUAACUAUAAUAAAGAUAUAGCACCCGUCAAUAAUGGACAGCCAGUCGAUGUCUAUGUUUCAAUGGUUGUACUGUCCUAUAAGCCAGAACCAGGUGCCGAACAGGCGGUUCGUAUAGAUUUUUUCUAUCAGCUCGAGUGGUACGACCAUCGGCUACGGGCGCCGGACGACGAAAAGGUAACACUAGGCGCCCAAUGGAAAGACAAACUAUGGGUUCCGGACACCUAUUUCAGGAACAGUAUGUCAGGCGGUAUACCGAUUGGUUUGUCGCCUACGGUCUAUUUUGUUGUGACCAACAGCACCCGUAUGUUUAUGGCGGCCCGUUAUCAGCUAGUAUUGGCCUGUGAUAUGGAUUUCAGAAAAUUUCCAUUUGAUAGACAGUCGUGUCCUAUCAAUAUUACUACAUUAUCCAACACAAUAGAAACGGUACAAUUGUAUUGGUCCGGGUUUAGGAUUGGCAGUCAUGUAGUGCUACCCGAGUUUGAAAUAGAGGACUACGAAGUUGUCGAGUGUAUCAAACGUAUUACCGGUUUGGGUAUAUUUAGCUGUUUGAAAGUUAUCGUAUAUAUUGAACGAAAUAUUGGCAAAUAUCUGGUCAAACGAUACAUACCGUCAACAUUGAUAGUCAUUAUGACGUUCAUUGGUUUCUGGUUACCCCAGUCGGCAGUACCCGGACGGGUAGCCCUGUCCAUAACCGGACUGCUGGCACUGGUAGCCCAGCAAAUACAGGGUGAGAUCAACAUAUCAUAUAUCUAUGCGCUGGAAGUCUGGACUAUCAUAUGUAUAGUAUUUGUAUUUUUGACACUAAUUGAGUUUGCAUUGGCCGUGGGUUGGCCUCAACAAUAUAGUGAGGAACAACACCACCAGCAGAACAACCUGGUGUUCGGUAACAAUCGACUGACCAAACGGUUGGCCAAUUUUGUUGCCCCCGACCUACGUAACAAUCGGGUGGAUAAAGUGUCCAGAUUUUUAUUUCCCAUAGCUUUCGGCCUUACAAUCAUUGUCUACAGUCUAACCUAUUAUAAUCUGUAA